AUGGAUGGGAAUGCCCUCAGGGGAUCGUUCGUACUGGGUCCGGUGGAGGGGAUUUGGAGGUUGGAGCAGCGGCCGUAUCAGUCCUCGAACGAGAGGCAUUAUCUCAGGUGGAGGGGGGAGGACGAGCAAGGGGGUAGGUAUGAUGAGGAGGGUGACGGGAGCUAUAUCAAGUUUUGGGGGGAUGGGUUGGUGGAAGGGGGGAUUAGGUUUUAUGGGAGGAUGAUUUUCUUUGAUGGGAGGACGGUGAGCGGGAGGAAUGAGACGAGGAGUGAUGUUAGUGCCUAUGAUAUGAGAGACGAGUGGGCGGAGAGGGCUUUGUGA